UAAAUAACACCACAGCAACAAGGGUUGAGCCCUGCAUUUACACAUAUAUACAUUAUCGCUCCAAAGUGAAAGAGAGAGAAGAAGAUGAGCAUGGCAACGAAGUCAUCAGUUUCUACCUUGGCCAUAUUUGUCAUCCUCUUUUUGGUCAUCUCUGAAAUAUCUGAGAUACAAGCGCGAGAUGAUGACGAGUGCCUGAAAGAAUACAUCGGUGCGCCUCCAGGCUAUUGUCUGGCUUAUAUUUAUCCGUCAUUGUGUUAUCAUAAAUGCCAAUUGGAGAAGGGCGCUAAAGGUGGGAAAUGCAAUUAUGAUAAUCUUAAAUGCUUCUGCGACUUCUGCAGCGACAAACCUCACAAUCAGUUUCUAAGCAAUGUUUGAAUCUUGAAAUGUGUAAUGGUUUGUGUAAUAAUCAAAGGUAAGUGUGGUUCAAGAAGUAAUGUAACAAAUGAAUAACUAAAAUAAAAAUAAGAAACGCUAGACGUUUCACGUUUGCUUGUGUUAUUAUUA